UAUUAUCUUUUCAGGUCACCUCAGUUCCCGAACAGUGAGAAAGAGAAACCCUAGCCAGUCAUAGCCACCCACAACCACAAGAUUCAACCCAAAUCAAAAACACACAGAGCUCAGCGGAAAUCUGCUGUGUUUUAAGGUUUAGGGUUUUAGUAUUUGAGUUGCAAAGGUCUCAAGAAAAAGAAAUGGAAGAAAUCACCCAAGGAGUCAACAACAUCAACUUGGCCGCCGAUUCCCACAAGAAGAACCGGAUUCAAGUCUCCAAUACGAAAAAGCCCUUAUUUUUCUACGUUAAUCUCGCCAAGAGAUAUAUGCAACAGUACAAUGAGGUGGAGUUAUCUGCCCUUGGCAUGGCUAUUGCGACGGUCGUCACGAUUGCAGAAAUUCUGAAAAACAAUGGUUUGGCUGUUGAGAAGAAGAUCACAACCACAACUGUUGACAUGAAGGAGGACUCUAGAGGGCGUCCGGUCCAAAAAGCAAAGAUUGAGAUAUUGUUGGGAAAGACUGAAAACUUCGACGAAUUAAUGGCGGCAGCUGCCGAAGAAAGAGAUGGUGUGGUGGUUGAAGAAGAGCAACAGACUUGAAACUUGAAAUAAGCUUUAUUUAUUUGUUAGCCUUAUAUUGGCUUUUAAGGCACUUGGGCAUUUUUACACAUUGUAGGUAUUUUGAGUUUAUCUUGGUGGUACUUGGAUGCUAAAUUAAAUUAAAUUAAAAAGAAUAUUUGUUUACUUUUUCAA